CGGGUGCUGCGGAGCCGCUCCACGCGCUGCCUGUCCUUCCCGCUGACGGUGACCACGUUCCUGGCGUCGGCGAGCUGGACGCUGUACGGCGCGCAGCUCCGCGACCCCUACAUCACGGUCCCCAACCUGCCCGGCAUC